AUGUAUAGUGAAAUAUGGCAAGAUCCGCGGCUAGCCUUCAAACAUCUCAACGUCUGUGCUACUAAUAUUACGUUGAAGUCCGAUUUCCGUAAACGAAUAUGGACACCGGACACGUGUAUCAUCAACAGCAAGUCAAGUUCAAUUCACAGCUCACCAUCUGAAAACACGUUUGUGAUUCUCUAUGAGAAUGGACUUGUUUGGAGCAAUUUUAGGUGA